AUGGAGUUGGAUCACAGACCUCCUCUUGACUACGUGACAGUCAAGACAACACUCCCUUUCUAUCCUCUCCCUCCCAAUGGAGACAGAAAACCGUUUCGGACGGAGCGACUUAGCAUGAGGCCCAUGACUGAGGACGAUUUGGAGUUUCUCAACGCGCUUCGUUCAGAACCUGAAGGCAUGAUAUGGUCGUCGCAAGGCUGCGCGGACAAAGAUAUCGAACAGACCAAGAAGAGCCACGCGCUUCGAAUGCCUCCAAACGACGUCAAGGGAUAUGACUGGGUUGUCUGUCUCCCUGAGACUGGCGAGCCCAUCGGGAUGGGAGGUACUGGCAUGUGGUCAGGUGAACUUGGCUGGCCAGCAGUUGGAUACCAAUUUCUCAAGGCGCAUUGGGGCAAGGGAUAUGCAUCUGAGUUUCUGAAAGGAUUCCUCGGUCAGUGGUGGUCGUUGCCAAGGAACGAGGUUGAGAUAUCGGUGGACAAAAACACCAUUCGGGGUGAUGGCGAUGGCGAUGUCAAAGAAGAAUGCGUGUCGGCCAUCACAGUAGACAGCCACAGCGCAAGCCAAAAGGUUCUCAAGAAGUGUGGCAUGGAAUUUGCUACGGCAUGGACCGAGACCGAUGUCAGGGACCGCACUCAAGAAGUGACCCUGCAUGGGUUCUUUGUACGCAAGGGGAAGGAUGUCUAA